GAGUGAGUCAGGAGAAGGCCUCUCUCUCUUUCUUUCCCACUCAGUUGCUACCUCUACACUCCCAGUUGUCCCCUCCCCCAGAGAGGCCAGUACUCUCUCGACAAAACCAGGUCCAGGAGAAAAAGCAGCGGGGAAAGCCAGUCAGUCUGCCGCAGGCUCUGCUGCACAACAUAGGAUCACAGCCCGCCCGCCCGCUGGUACGUGUCUCAGAUCUCCCGGGACAACUGGGAAACCUGGCCACUGAGAAUACAGACCUCCAAGGGCACCAUGAACACAGAGGGCUCCAGCCUCCUUAGCCCUCCAACCUUCCUUACGACCCCUGCCGCUUCCGGGACUUCCGCCCAGGCUGCCGACCCUGUACCGAUCCUCGUUGCCCUGGCCUGCAUUUUUCUACUCCUGGCCUCUUGCCUGCUGUUCAUGAUGCUGUGUAAGCCAACCGCCCUGGACCCUGGCCGCCGAGGGGCCCGGGAAUGCAUGCCACAUCACCCAGCGAGCCCUAGUGAGCCCAGGCUCCGGCUCUGGAAGCGCCUGGGCUCACUGCGGCGUUCUCUGCACAGCUUCCGACGAGGCAGGCCUGCUAUCCAGCGGUGUCCUCUGCGGGACCCCGAUGACCACCGAGGUGACUAUGACUGGACUGAAGCCACCAAGAUGUGACACAGUGCUCAUCCACACACAGGCUCACCCAAGACCAUCCUGUCUGAUGGAACCUGACACCAUAGGCCAUAGGACAGUGGUACCAAUACUCUGGACCCCUAAAGCACCCCAGUAUUUCCCUGUGUGUCUACUCUAUGUCCUUUCCCAGAAGACUCUGAAGGCCCCUGAUUCUGCAUAUUAACAGACCUUUGAAUCAAAAGACAAAUACCCAAA